AUGAGUUCGUCCGCAACACUCCCGUUGUCUGCGAUUGCAAAGGCCAUCUCCCGCUUCAUUCUCGGUGAAGCGCAGCUCCCUGUCCUCCUCUCGCACUUCCGCACUUUCUUCACCGGUGUGGCGAUUGGCGCUGUGGGAUGCCCUGCCCUUUGGGCCUACCUCACCCGCAACAAGUGCGACCGCGCAAAGGUCCAGCUUGCCGUCUACCACAUCGUGCGGCUCUUGGAAGAUCGCCCACAUUAUAAAGCACUUCUUCAUGACCCGCAGCAGCUCAUGAACCUCAUCGAGCCCGAGGUCAUGCGCUUGGUGAAGAAGCACCUCACCCUAGAUGAGGUGAUCGAGGCAGCCAAGGAGGUGAAGCGCGAGCAUGUGCCUCUCGCGACUGACGAGCCUGUGAAGAAGCGCGUCAAGAAGGAUCGUGCUUCGGCAAAACCCCGUCGUCGAGCAGUCGUGAACCCCGCCUUCAUCCCGACUCCGCGCGGCUUCCUCCCCCCUUCACCCUCCGACCCGGAGUGGCUCCAGUUCGAGAACGCCUCCGUCUCAGACGAGAGUGAGAGCGACGAGUCCGAUGUCGACCUCGACAUGACUGACGAGGCUGCCGCUGCCCCCGUCCACUCUGCCGAAGGCCUCCAAGAGGUGGCGAGGGGCGAGGGCAAGCAGCCCGUCCAGCGCGUGACUCCCAUGCACGCACCUGAGCAGGGAAGCUUCGGCCUCGACUACAACAGCGAGGACCUCUACGCUUCCCCUCCCGGCUCGCCGUCCCACUCCUCCUCCUCCUCCUUCUCCUCCUCCUCCUCCUCAGCUGAGGACCUCGAGCUGCCGCCAUCACAGCCCGCCUAUGACAACAGCGAACCACGCUGGCUGCAGGAGAUGGUCGCGGCGUCGAAGGGCGGCCCAAAGAAGGGUCGUUCCAACGGCGUCAUCCGGUCGUCUCCUGCGCCAGCCGUGGUGCGCAUGUUGCAUGGCAACAGGUGCUCCGGCACCACACUGUCGCCGAUCCAAGGAUCGCCCUCGAUCACUGAGGAUCCCCGGGCUCCCACUGAGGCGGAGCAGGCGUUCGAGCCAGCUGCAGCGAAGUCUGCACCCAAACUCCCUUUUGGACACUGGUCGACCAGUGCACCGCUGGAGUACUCCUCCAGCUCCUCCAGCUCGUCGCAGGAAGCUGCGCUCUCCGCCUGCUCGCCUACGCCCUCGAUGCCCUCUUCAUCGAUGUCAGUGUCGCCCAUGGUAAACUCGCCUGCCCCCUCCCUCCCAUCCUCUUCGCUUGGCUCCUCUCCGACCCCAAGCAAGCGCAAAUCGCCUUCCGCCUCCGACGCUCCCGCCCCCAAGCGCCGAAGCCUCUCCCCCCGGCUGCAAUCCCCAGCCUCGCCAGCCUCGCCGGCCCAGCAGCCUGCCGCGCCCGCGCUCUCACCCGCACCAGCGUCCUCGAUCCCCUCCCCCCCGGUGUCGCUUUCGCCCGCGGCUUCAGUCUCCUCAUCGUCGUCCGGCUCCUCCCUGACCCCGCAGAAGCGCAAGUCACCUUCCACCACCGAUGCUUACGCGCUUAAGCGCCGCCGCCUCUCGCCCCCGACCGCCACUCCCGCCCGCACGCCUAGGCCGUUGCUCAAGCGCGGCCGUGGCCGUGGCCGCACUGGCGACCGAGAGCCCAGGGAGCUGAAGUACGUGCCGCGCAAGUCACCGCGCAGCACGGCAUACACUGGAUCGUACACCAAGUAG